AUGAGAAUUAUCAAAGCACGGCUUGCUAGGAAAGAGCGAAAGGAUCGGUUCAGUCAGGAAAAGAAAACAGAAACUGAGGACACCGCCGCACCGUUUCGCACCCUUGGCUGCUGCUCCCAGCCGGCCGGCGCAGCCUCCUCGCUUUGGGGUGUGCGAGUCCGGCACCGACGGGAAGCGUUUCUGCGCAGCCAGCAGCCCUCCGUAGCAGAUGAAAAUCGUAAAAGCCAGCUAAAUUGUUCAUAUUGGCUGUAUCAGAGAACUAGUGGGCCAGAUCCUGAGUUAGAGGAAGAGUUGCACCCAAGAAAUCUUAUCCCAGAGCUUUGUAGACUGUUUUAUGGUUUAGGCUGGGUAACAGGAACUGGUGGAGGAAUCAGCUUGAAACAUGGGAAUGAAAUCUACAUCGCUCCUUCAGGAGUCCAAAAGGAAAGAAUACAGCCAGAAGAUAUGUUUGUUUGUGACAUAAAAGAACAGGACAUCAGUGGGCCUCCACCACACAAGAAACUAAAGAAAAGCCAGUGCACACCUCUUUUUAUGAAUGCUUUCACUAUGAGAGGAGCAGGCGCAGUGAUCCAUACUCAUUCCAAGGCUGCUGUUAUGGCUACCCUUCUUUACCCAGGGAGUGAAUUCAGUAUUACCCAUCAGGAGAUGAUAAAAGGAAUCCAGAAGUGUACUUCGGGAGGAUAUUACCGAUAUGACGAUACGCUAGUGGUUCCCAUUAUUGAGAAUACACCAGAAGAAAAAGAUCUCAAGGAAAGAAUGGCACACGCAAUGGAUAAAUACCCAGACUCUUGCGCUGUGUUGGUCAGACGUCACGGAGUUUAUGUAUGGGGAGAAACAUGGGAAAAAGCCAAAACAAUGUGCGAAUGUUAUGAUUACCUGUUUGACAUCUCAGUGCAGAUGAAGCAGCACGGGCUAGAUCCUUCGAAACAUCCAUCGGGAGAAAAUGAGAUCCUGUAAAUAGCAACAGCUUUUAUAUUCAGAUUUCUUCUUACAUCAUUAUGGGAGUUUCAGGUUCCAUGUCACACCACUGAAAGCAGAAGGAGGUGCUGUUAUACUCAGUUGAUUGGCAGAUGCUACCCAUCAGUUUAGACGAUCAAAGAGGAAAAGGAGAGUUAAAAUGAAGAAAAUCCUAAACAGUCAUUGCUAUUUAUGAAUGUUGUCAAAGACUACAGUGGGAGAAAUGAAAAUUCAGAUGCAAAAAACUUUCUUUGCGGAAGGCUAUGGAGAAUUAAUGUGACAUUUUGUUUGUAUGUUUUAAAAAUUCACGCUUCUUGAUCCUGAUCCUCAGUUAGAUCAUUUAACUUGCUCUGGAUCUUGAUUUCCGAAAGAUAAAGUAGCCUUUAUUCUUAGGAAAAAAAGUGAGACCCCUCCCCCCCCAAAUUAAGUUAGGUAUAAAGUUUAAAGCAUUGGUUGAACUCUUGGUUAAUGUGUAGUACGUUAAUAAGAUCUCUGAAAUUAAGCAUAUGUAUUUCUAAUCCUCUUUUAACUGUCAUUGUAAGGAGUAGGUGACAUAAUUUUAUAGCUUGCAUUUGGAAAUCAUUACUGAGAAGAGUACUCUGGAUCUUGUCUAUUUUUUACCUCUGUAAAUACCUCGAUAAAAUUUUAAGACUGUUAUGAUUUUAAAACAGCUUUUUAUGUCCUACAAUUAUCCAGCCUAAAGUAGAUUUAAUCUAACUUUAUGAUUCAAAGAGGAAGCUCAUUAAAAUAAAAUCUCACAUAUUUACGUGUUUUACCUAUAUAUCGUCUUUCAAAACUUCAUGGAAUGGACCCCAGUGGAAGUAAUCGAAGCCUCAGUUGACCAGCUUUCUGUUUGAAUAUUGAGACUCUAGUCCCAAGGAUGACACGAGAGUGAAUGAGAGCCAAUAGGCCAACUUAUGCUGCCUGAGGGAGAGGUCUUGUUUUCCCCUCCUGUUUUCUGCUGCGGGCCAUGCAUUUCCACCACCUUCCUGGCAUCGUCUCUGGCACUUUUUUGAGCUUCCAUGAGGUGAAUUAGUUCGUUAACCUAAGCGAAAAUUACUGCAGGGGGGAAAAAAGAAAAUGAUAUUGUUUCCUAAUCAGUCACCGAUAAGUUGAAUUAGCUUAGAGAUCGGUCCAAAGAGUACCGGGGCUGGGACAAAAGUGGAAAUGGCUAAAACGGAGGAUGAAAGAAGAAGAGGGAGACCCUCCCCCUUUUGAUGGCAAUGACCGUUCAACUUACUCAAGUACUCUUCUAAGUAUUCCACUAAACCAGGAAGUCAGAAAGAAACUUCUUAUAUUUCCCUCCCAUUUAAUAGCAUUGACUUACUUUAGUUAUUAUGCCAGAUUACUGAUUAUAGCACAACAUAUACUUUUGGUAUAGUGGUAAUUGUGUUGUGCUGAACUUACGCAAUAAAGGUAUUGUUUUGGCUUGGUGGCUGUUUGUGUCCCCUUGUAACAGUCAGUCACUAGACUCAGACAGAACUCAUCUGCGGUAAAACAUUAUGGUGUAAGCUAAGUGCCUGCUGUCCUGUUACAUUCUUACAUCGAAGGAGUAAGCAGAUGUGGACCUCUUCUGGAUUUUCUUACACAUUUUAGGUAUGCAAGUAUAACAUUGAAUAUGUUUGGCAUUUUUUGCCAUUCAGUUUAUCUUCUGAGCUUUGCUGGGAAUCUAGGCGAUCAAAAACUAAAGGAGGAGAGAGUCCUAUUAGACUCAUACUGCUUCGUUAUAUAUCUGACAUGCUUUUUUUUUUUUUUUUUAAGCCCAGAGUCCACCCCAAAUGCUCAUUGUCCCUUCCCAAAUGCUCAUUCUACCUCAUUCUUACCAUUCAUAGAGAAAAACAAUAUUCAGUGCUAUGCUGACAGACUGGCAGGUUUCAUUAAGAACUAUGUCCUGUGACACUUACUUAGACAGGUUUGCCCUACCCUGAUGUAAGCAGCGAUGGGCCUGCCGUGUGCAACCUUUAAAGUGAGGGGGUUCUUCAUUCUUGUGAAAUGAUAGUUAUUGCUUACUUACGUCAGGCUGUUGACUGUGUUUUUAAUUGACACGUUUCUCAUUAUUAGACACUUAUUUGUCAGUGAUAAAUAUUUUGCAGUGACUCUGUAUCCUGUGAUGGUACGUGGACUGCAGCAGAAACUUGCAUAGAAAAUGUUGGGUUUUAGAUCAGAGCGCAACUCGGGGCAGGCUGCAUACUCCUGCUCUAGUCAGGCACAAGUCACAUCUAAAUAAGACCUCAAAGGCAUAACAGACAUGAAAGAAAAGCAGAUUGUGUUUUCCUGAAUGUUCUUCCUCAUGGUCAUGCUAAAAAAAAAAAAAAAAAAUUACCUAUUGAUGUGACAGUCCACUUAGUGAUGAAACCUAGUUGCCGUCUAUUGAUUGUGACCUCUGAUACAUGCUUUAAACUGCUAAAUCUCUGCAAAAGUGAAUUCCUGUGGUAUUCUGAUGCUGAUGUCAGAACAGGACAUAAUUAUAUCAUUCCAUGAUAAUGAUGUUUUGUAAGGAUAAAGAUGUUUUUACGCUUC